AUGGCUCAACAUCACCAUCAAUCAUCAUUAGAAACUGUAUUGAAUUUCUCUCCUGUAUUUCUUUUCACUAUCCUAAUAAAAGCAAAAGGCCCGGGAGCUUCUCAAUACCUGCAUCUAGCAUUAUGGCCUCGAAUAAUGCGUGUAAUCUGGCUACGACUCAACGGUUGGUUAAGCACACUGGCUGUGAUUUUAAGUACAUGCUCUUUGUGCGUGGACAAUCAUUGCUCAAAUCCAGGCCUGCCUUCAAAAUCGUCUAGCGGACCGGAUAGUAAACUGUCAACGCUUCUUUCUCAGUCACUCAGGCAGUCUGUUUUUGUGAAGUUAUUAAUAUGGAGUUCCUGCCGACGCAAAAAUAGAGGAAGCAGCUUCUCUAAAGACCUCGGUGGCGAUUAUUCGGGCCCGGGUCGAGCAGGCUCUACCGGAGGGCCAGGCCGCUACCAAGCAGGCCGAUGGCUAGAUCCCUAG